CUCCGCACGAAUAGCUUGGCGGUAUACAUCGGCUGCUUUUUAAUUGCGAUGACUAAAGCAACUGCGCAAGUGAUCAUCGCCGCUGUACUUUUGGUGCCUGCACUGGCAAAGCAGGAAUGUGGAUCCUAUGAGACCGACGCUUUUGAGGUCAUUGCAAAACUGGAACACACAUUCGCAGGGUUUUCGUCGGAUGACGAAGACACAUCACUUUUAUGUUCAACAGCCGACCUUACAUACUAUAAUGAAGACGCCGGGGAACUGCAAUACACAUUGCAUGUACCUGGCAUCACAGGGAAAGAAAAGAAGGAUGUCACUAUGAACUACAGUAAAACUACGUCUCCAGACGUGCUCACUCUGGUAGAAAACAAUGACACAGAUCACAUCUACACAGCCCAAAGCCUGUACAGUGACUUCAAAACAUGCUCCAUCUUUAAGUAUUAUGGGGAACAGGAAAAUUGCCUCAUGUGGGUGGCAAGAGGAUACGAGGAUGACGUACCCGACAUGUGCAUUCAUGAAUUUAAUUGUGCCUGUGGUCCUGCCAUCCCUCUGUAUAUCCAACACAUAUGCAAGAAUUCAUGAAACAGUGAAUAAACAGGAAGAAAACAUGUUGCACUAUUCAGUUAAACAAAGUGACAUGUUUGCCUCAAUAAAGAUG